AAAAGACACCCAUUUUCAUAUUCUUCACACACUCAGCAUCACUCUCUAUCUCACUCUUUGAAUCUCUCCAAAACUGUCUUUGAAGCAUAUCCAAUUCCAAAUCCAAAAUCUGCUGCUUUUUCUGGCAAGCUUCAACUAGGUAAGUCCCUAGUUCCCAGUUGCUUAAAACCCUUCAUUGUUAUGUUGACACGGGCAUUGUUUUUUCUCUGCUUUCUUUAUAUGUGUAUUCUAUUUCUACUUAGAAAGCAUGUUGCUUGGCUUGAAAAACCUUGUGCUGUUACUUUGCUUCUUUUGUUGCAUACACACUUUGUCUGCUUUGAGCAACGAUGGGUUGACUUUGUUAUUGCUUUUGGGGCGCUGGAAAACAGUGCCUUCUUCCAUUGGCUCAAGUUGGAAUGCUUCUGAUUCCACUCCAUGUUUAUGGGUAGGAGUAGGAUGUGAUGAUGCCCAGAAUUUGUUGUCCUUGAACCUCUCUGAUUAUGAGGUUUCUGGUGAAAUAGGGCCCGAAAUUGGCCGUUUCAAUUAUUUGCAGACCAUUGACUUGAGUUUGAACAGUUUCUCUGGGAAGAUACCCCCAGAGUUAGGAAAUUGUAGUGUUCUUGAGACUCUAGAUCUUUCUGGGAAUGCUCUUACAGGGGAGAUACCCAGCAUCCUGAAAAACUUGAAGAAGUUGCAGACUCUUUCCUUGUCUGACAAUUUUCUGUAUGGUGAAGUAUCUGAGUCAUUGUUCCAAAUUCCAGACUUAAAACAUCUUUAUCUCAACGCUAACAACUUGAAUGGAUUUAUCCCUCUAAGUGUUGGGAAUAUGAGCAAGGUCUUGUCUCUAGAUUUAGGACGGAACCAGUUAUCAGGGGAGAUUCCUCCUUCCAUUGGAAAUUGUUGGAAAUUACAGGAACUUUUUUUGGAUGAUAAUCAUUUGACAGGAGUUUUGCCUGAGAGCUUUACCAAUCUCAAACACCUUACAGACUUGUUUGUCGGGAUCAAUGAUCUUGUGGGUAGUAUUCCUUCUGGGUUGGGUAGUUGCAGCAAUUUAGAAUAUUUGGAUGUUGCAUACAAUAGAAUUAGUGGACAGAUUCCACCGAGUUUGGGCAAUUGUAGUAGUUUAUAUAAGUUUUCUGCUAUGAAUAAUAACUUAGUGGGUAGUAUCCCUUCUUCCUUUGGUCAACUAGAUGAGCUUUCGGAACUUGUCCUCUCAGAGAACCAGUUGUCUGGGAAAAUACCUCCUGAACUUGGAAAUUGUAAAUCCUUGACAAUCCUACAAUUGUAUUCAAACCGUCUUGAGGGGGAAAUUCCCAGUGAAUUAGGGAUGCUGACUAAUCUUUGGGAUCUUCAGCUUCAAGAUAACCAUUUAACUGGUGAAAUACCAGUUAGCAUAUGGAAAAUUCAAAGUCUUCAGGAAAUUCUUGUUUCUAAUAACAGUCUUUCAGGGCAAAUCCCUUCGGUGGUUACUGAACUGAAGAAACUCCAAAACAUUUCUCUGUUUAACAACCAUUUCUUUGGUAUCAUACCCAAAGGUCUGGGGAUCAACAGCAGCUUAGUGCAGUUGGACUUUACUAAUAAUAGUUUCAGUGGCGACAUCCCACCAAAUCUUUGCCACAGAAAGAAAUUACGGAGGCUACUAUUGGGUGUUAAUCAACUUGAAGGUAGCAUACCUUCAGAAGUGGGAAGCUGUCCAACUCUACAUAGGCUAAUCCUCAAACAAAAUAAGCUCACAGGGUUUCUUCCAAAGUUCGCCAAAGGCACAGACCUUUCAUACAUGGACAUAAGCAAGAACAGUUUCAGUGGAGAAAUACCAUCAAGCAUGGGAAACUGUACCAACAUCACUUACAUUAACUUGUCAAUGAACAAGUUUAAAGGAUCAAUACCGCAGGAGCUAGGCAAUCUCAUAAAUCUUCAGGUUUUUAACCUUUCUCAUAAUAAUUUGGUAGGUCCUUUGCCAUCUCAGCUAUCAAAUUGUACCAGACUAGGUUCCUUCGAUGCGGGUUUUAAUUUGUUGAAUGGUUCUAUACCAUUGAGUUUGAGGAGCUGGAAAGAUAUAUCAACAUUGGUUUUGAGUGAGAACCAGCUCACUGGUGGUAUUCCAUCAUUCUUUUCAGAGUUUGAGAAGCUUUAUAUUCUACAACUUGGUGGAAAUCUGCUGGGAGGAGAGAUUCCCAAAUCAAUUGGAGCAUGGAAAAAUCCAUUUACUACAUUAAAUCUCAGCAAUAAUGGGUUGACUGGUUAUCUUCCAUUUGAAAUAGGAAGGAUCCAUAUAGAGCGGUUGUAUAUAUCUGAUAAUAAUUUGACAGGGAGUUUGACGGUUCUUGGUAAUAUUCCUUGGCUAAUUGAGAUUAAUGUUUCAAACAAUAACUUCUCUGGUCCAGUGCCAGAGACAUUGUUACACUUGCUGGAAUCAUCUCCAUCGUCAUUUAUGGGCAAUCCCAGCCUAUGUGUCAGUUGUCCUUUAUCAAGACACUCAAGUUGCACUGCAAAUAGCAUGUUCAAGCCUUGUGGCAAUCUACCAAAAAAGCAGAAUUCCAUUGGUAAAGUGAAAAUUGCAAUGAUUGCUCUUGGAGCUUGUAUAUUUUUUGUUUUAGUGGUUCUUGGACUGGUUUAUCUAUUUCUGUUGCGAAGAAAACCAAAGCAGCAAUCACUGAGCUUUGGUAAGAAGGAAUCAAAUUCCUUGCUGAAUAAAGUGUUGGAGGCUACAGAACACCUUAGUGACCAGUAUAUAAUUGGCAAAGGAGCUCAUGGAACUGUUUACAAAGCCUUUGUUGGUCCAGGCGAAAAUUAUGCUGUAAAGAAAGUUGUAUAUGGAGGGAGUGAAGGAGGACGGCUGAGUAUAUGCAGAGAAAUUGAAACUAUUGGGAAGAUCAGGCACCGGAACCUGGUUAAAUUGGAAGAAUUUUGGUCAAGAAUUGACCAUGGUUUAAUCUUGUAUAGGUACAUGCAAAAUGGUAGCCUCCAUGAUGUUUUACAUGAAACAAGUCCACCGAUAACUCUAAAAUGGAGCAUCCGCUAUAACAUUGCUGUUGGAACUGCAAAUGGGUUGGCAUAUCUCCAUUUUGAUUGUGAUCCUGCUAUACUUCAUCGAGACAUCAAACCAACAAACAUACUUUUAGAUUCAGAGAUGGAGCCUUAUAUAGCUGAUUUUGGGAUUGCCAAAUUUCUGGAUCAGUCUUCUGCUUCAACAUCAUCAACCUCAGUCGUUGGUACAUUAGGAUAUAUUGCACCGGAAAAUGCAUUUACAACAAAAAGAAGCCAGGAGUCUGAUGUGUACAGUUAUGGGGUUGUAUUGCUUGAGCUGAUAACUCGAAAGAAAGCAUUGGAUCCAUUGUUUAGGGAAGAAACAGAUAUUGUGAGUUGGGUUAGAUCUAUUUGGAGCAAUGGUGAAGAAAUUGAUAAGAUUGUGGAUCCAAGUAUUUUGGAGGAACUGCCAGAUUCACAUGUCACAGAACAAGUUGUUUGUGUUCUUCAGGUGGCUUUGAGAUGCACUGAGAAGGAGCCUAGCAAGAGGCCAACAAUGAGAGAGGUUGUCAAACUACUAGUGGAUGCUAAACAAUGAGAAGGAGCUUAGAUUUUGGGAGUUUCAGCUUGUCUACUUUAACAGGUAGACUUAUCCCAUUUUUUUUGUUGUGUGCUGUCCGACGAAAAUUGUUGUAUCAGUUACUAUAUUUUAUUUGGGCAAUUAAGAUGGAGAUCCCAAAAUCUUAUCUCUGUAAAUAUUCAAACUUCUUACUUUUAGUGAAAAUAUAUAUACAUUUUUUCUUUUAA